AGAUCGUGGAAGGAAUAUGACCCUGCCAACCUCACGAAUAGUUGGGGGACGUCCAGUAUCAAUAGAACAAUUUCCAUACCAGGUUUCCAUUCAAUAUGGUGCAUCACACUACUGCGGGGGAUCACUUAUAUCGGAAAGUCACGUGCUCACUGCGGCUCAAUGCACAGACGGAUUGAACAUUGGGGACCUAACAGUCAUAGCUGGAACUUCAACCUUACAUCGUGGUGGGGAGCGAAGGAGGGUAAUCGGGGUUAAUCAGCAUCCACGCUAUGGGGAACGGGGUCAAGGUGAUUACGAUGUUUCAAUCUUGACGCUAAGACGCCCGUUCGUGCUUGGACCGCUCGUGCAAUAUAUCUCAUUAGCUGGUCCAUAUUCCACCCCUUUCCCAGGAACAAUUUGUUACGUGGCUGGAUGGGGAACUACCCGAUUUGAUGGACCUUUAUCGCAUCAGCUACAACUUGUCGAAGUUCCCAUAAUUAGCCCGGCCGAGUGCAGGGGUGACUAUGGCCCCGGUUCUCUUACGGAUACGAUGCUAUGUGCUGGACAUAUUGGACAAGAUACUUGUCAAGGAGAUGUCGGAAAUCCUUUGGUAUGUGGCUCGACCCAAGUUGGGAUUGCAAGCCGGGCAACUGGCUGUGGUCUCCCACGUAUGCAAAUAAUUAAUACAUUUAACGCGAAUAAGUGGCUAAUCUAUGGAAAAUAUAUGUGGCAAUUUUUGCUUUAUGCAACGCAAUUCUAUUUUGACAGGUCGUCCCGGGAUUUAUACGGAUGUCGGGAGAGUUUUUAGUGAAGUUUCGUCAGCAUUUGUUCGAAGGAUCGUAAAGGCUUAAUAGGUAAUC